AUUUUAAUACAAGGAAUGAUUGGAAUAUCGACGACCUCUAUGUCUAUAUUGGAGUCAUGUCUUCCUCUUUGGUUAAUUGAAAACAUGAAACCAACGCCGAAGAAGUGGCAGUUGGGUACUGUAUUCGUACCGGACAGCAUUGCGGUGUCAUCGUUAGCAGUGGUUGGCAUCAGUUGUGUGGCUAUACCUCUGGCAUCAAAUAUAUUAACCACUGAAAUGAACAUGUCA